AUGUUUAAUAAGUUGUCAACUAUUUUACUAUUAUUUAUAAUAAUAAUAACCGCAAACCGCUGGCCAUUACCGGGUAUAUCGGUAGCGGCGGCGGCGACGACGACUGAGGUCACUAUAUGUGACUUUAAUCGCUAUAGCGAUGGCUGUGAGGAUACAUACGGCUCAGAGUGUAACCGAUCGACCAAUCAGUGUCAAUGUCGGCCAGGAUUUACCAUCAAAAUUGACCAAACAUUUUGUUUGCCGCCGAAAAACCUGUCCGAAUCGUGUUUCGUAUCGGAACAGUGUAUCAAAGCCGCCGACCGUAACCACAACGACAACAACCCGGUGGCCAAUAUCGGCUGCUAUGUAGACGAUCGGGAAAUAGAUGUCAAAACAUUGAGACUAUGGAUCACACAACUCGAUAGUGUCUACAAAAUUGUCGGCACCUGUCAGUGUCCGGCCACACACUAUUUGUUGGACACCACUAGUAGUAUGAUUGUCGGCCAUCAAACAACAACCGGUCAACAGUGUCUACCGAAACGUGAUAUCAACGAAAACUGUACCGAAUCUCAAGAAUGUCUAUCUGUACACUCGUACUGUGACCAGAGUCUACGCCAGUGCCGAUGCAAACCGACCUAUCGGUUCUCGCAACGCAAACGUCGAUGCGUUGCCCAACUGAUCGGCGAAAACUGUUCGGACAACGAUCACUGUUCAGUACACGACCCGAAUGCCGAGUGUCGUAUCGGGUCGUGUCAGUGCCGACCCGGCUAUAUACUGUCCCAUACGGGCAAAUGUGUGGUCAUACGUUUGCGGGGUACUUCAAAUCACUUGCUAAUGAUGUUGGUAGUGGUGGCUACUGCCGUUGUUUUUGCCCUGUUGAGUACGGCUCACCGUAAAUGGUCGUCGACUGAUGAUCUGUUCCGCAAUGGCGGUGCUGUCCAUUUGCGCAAUCAGCUGCCCAUGAAUACCAAUUGGAUUACUAGGCGUACGUUUCCCACGGCUCACAAUAUGGUAUUUCCCAAUCAACAAAUAGCCAACAGUCCAACAGCCGUCGGGUCCAUCGCAGGACAACAGCAGCAACGCUAUCCGACAACAGCCGUACAGUUGACUACACCGUCGCUGGCAUUGAUUUGGCCACUAAGACAUCAUCAGCAGCAUCAUAGUCAUAGUACUGCYGCUGCUGUUGAUGGCAAUCAUGUCUAUCCAUAUCAUUAUCAUCACAAUCAUCAUCAGCAACACGAAGACGGACCGCCCAGUUAUGAUGAGGCCAUCGGCAAUCAGUCAUCCCUGAGCUUUCCGAGUGAUCUAAACAAUAGUAUAACUGUUAUAACAACUACAACAACAGCCCUAAACAAUUCGCAACUAUCUUCAGCCAACACUACCGGUGCUGUCAACUGUAAUAGUAAUAAUAAUAAUAAUCUUAACAAUAUCGCCGCCACCGUUGCCAACAAUGACAAUAGUUUUGUUAACAAUUGUAAUAAUAAUUGUCGACAAAAUAAUUUAGACAAUAGUGAAAGUGCUACCUAA